CCACCAGAUCCCAUGGCCUCCACACUGGAGCCCGGCGAGCCCGCCAAGGGGAAGCCCUUUAAGCUCCUCGGAAUUUUAGAUGUUGAAAACAUUCCCUGUGCACGGGAUUCAAUAUUGUAUGGUUCAUUAGGAUCUGUUGUGGCUGGCCUUGGACAUUUUUUGUUAACUAGUAGGAUUAGAAGAUCAUGUGACAUUGGAGUAGGAGGAUUUAUCCUGGUGACUUUAGGAUGCUGGUUCCAUUGUAGGUAUAAUUAUGCAAAGCUAAGAAUCCAGGAAAGAAUUGCCAGAGAUGGGAUUAAAAAUAAGAUUUUGUAUGAAAGUACCCACCUUGACCCUGAAAGAAAACAAAGCCCCAGCAAGAGCAGCAGUUGAGCGGAAUCAUGCUUGAAAAUACAACUCCGUGGAGUCAGUGUGAAUAAAAUGGAGAGCAACUCGAUUAAACCUCAUAUGUACCACUAGACUUUCAAUCAAGUAAAUAAAAGAUGUGUU